CAAAUAGGAUUUCAACACGCUUCCUUCCUCCACAUCCGCUUUGGAUCUCUCCUUCAUCCGAACUCCCAACCUCCUAAACAGCCAUGUCGUUCGUUUCAAGAGCCUUACGGGCCAACAAUAUCGCCCUUACCGCAGUACCGUCUCGCCGCCUGAGCUCCUCUGCCGCCUGCUGGGCAAACGAUGCCUACAUUCUGUCAGCGGCACGAACCGCCACUGGAAAAUUCAACGGCGGCUUCAAAGACGUCCCUGCGCCCGUCCUCGGUAGCCAUGUGGUAAAGGCGGCGCUACAACGUUCCGGCGUCCCAGCGGAGCGAGUGACCGACCUCUACUUCGGCAAUGUCCUCCAGGGUGGCGUUGGCCAAUCGCCGGCACGGCAAGUUGUGAUGUUCUCUGGACUGCCAGAGACCACAGAAGCCGUGACCAUCAACAAAGUUUGCGCAUCUGGGCUCAAGGCAGUCGUGUUCGCUGCCCAAAACAUCCAGCUCGGGCUGUCGGACGUGAUGGUGGCGGGAGGAAUGGAGAGCAUGAGCCGAGUUCCACACUACUUGAGCCGGAAUGCACCGCCAUUUGGACACCAAAAGCUUGAGGAUGGUUUGAUCAAGGACGGACUGUGGGACGUGUACGACCAGAUCCACAUGGGCAACUGCGCGGAGAACACCGCCAAGAAGCUGAACAUCAGCCGAGAGGCGCAGGACGCAUACGCCAUCGAGUCCUACCGCCGUGCAAAGGCUGCCUGGGAACGGGGCCAGUUCAAAGCCGAGAUCGUCCCAGUUAAGGUGCCCUCGCGGAAAGGCGAAGUCGUGGUUGAGAUCGACGAGGAGUACGAGGCCGUCAAUAUCUCCAAAAUUCCCACACUGAAGCCAGCAUUCCAGAAGGAGGGGGGCACCGUGACUGCCGCUAACUCCAGCACUUUCUCCGAUGGUGCCUCCGCCCUCGUUCUCGGGUCUCAGGAUAUUGCUCAGGAAUACGGUGGCAGCAAAGACGGAGUUUUGGCACGGAUCGUGGGUUACGCCGACGCAGCUACGAAGCCAAUUGAUUUCCCGCUUGCACCUACUCUUGCCAUCCCACUGGCGCUUUCGAGAGCUGGCCUCGAGACGAAAGAUAUCGCCAAAUGGGAGAUCAACGAAGCGUUUGCGGCGGUGAGCAAGGCAAUCGGGCAAAUUCUGGACUUGGAUGCUGAGAAGGUCAACGUUAAUGGUGGUGCGAUUGCAUUGGGGCAUGCUCUGGGAAGCUCCGGAAGUCGAAUCCUGACGAGUUUGUUGUACACCUUGAAGCCUGGCGAGUUUGGAGUGGCAGCUAUCUGCAAUGGUGGAGGUGGUUCAACUGCGGUGGUGGUACAAAGGAUUGACCAUGUGUGAGUACGAACGGGAGCGUGGUGUGGCUUGUAAAAGUCGUCGGUUGGUGUACAUCCAUAAAGCGGUUGCCUUUCUUCUUUUAGGACGAAGAGUGGAAUGAGAUGCACAUUCUUCUUUUGCAAACUCUGGUUCAAUACUGUUGAUAAAUCAUACAAUGGUGGUGCGUGAAUUCGAAUUCGUUCUGUUUGUGAGGUGGCCACAGCAGGCCCCAUAGCGGCGGUGGAGUUUUCUUGGUUUCAUUAUUUUGCAUUCGACUGUGACCGAUCACGACAACGUAGUGAUGAGC